CCCUCCGAAACCUUCUCAGGCUCCCUAGUGCCGCGAGGUAAGCUCAGACUUCAACCUUCCCGCUCCCGCCCAUCAGGCACGGAGGUGUAGACCCCAUCCUCUCCCGAGGGCUGGCACCAACCGCCCCCCGAACUAGCCAGGGCUUGUUCAGAAGACGGCCAAGAGAUGCAGCGGUGACGUCAGAGGGCAGAUGAUGAAACACUGAAAUGGCCCUACUGCUGGAGGUGGAUUUCAUCAUUCAGCCAUGACUGAGGAAAGAGAAACAAUGGACUAUUCUCCUCCUCAACUGGUUGCAGAAUGAAAGACAAAUAAAACCCCUUAAGAAUGAGCAGCCCCAAAGUUGGGAAACAAGGUUGUUGCCAACAGGGAAGACACAGGUGAAGUUUCUCCAUCCUUUUUAUCGGGCCUACUCAACUUUCAGAGAACGGCAGAUGGACAGAUUCCUGGUGAAGAGAGCUGCAAGGUAUCCUUCAGGACAAACUAGAGAUGAGCAGGAACAAAGUCACAGCUUCCAGGGAGAAGAGGAAGAAAGUAGAAAGAAGCGACCCAGGAGGGAAACAGCCGGGAAAGAUGGUGACUUGGCAGCCGGCUGCCCCUGGCGGAAGAUUCGGGCUGAGAGUUUGGAUUGUGAUUACACUGUCCUAUUUGCCAGGGAGGAGGCAGAUGAGCUUCUCCAGAAACUGGAAAAAGAAGUGGAAUAUUUUGAAGGCGAUCUUGCCAGAGUUCUAGUGUUUGGCAAAUGGCACAAGAUCCCAAGGAAACAAGCCACUUAUGGGGACCCAGGGUUAACCUACACCUUCUCAGGCCUCACCUUAUCUCCAAAGCCCUGGAUCCCAGUCCUGGAGCACAUUCGAGACCGUGUGGCUGCUGUGACUGGACAUGCCUUCAAUUUUGUACUGGUCAACAGGUACAAAGAUGGCUGUGAUCACAUUGGUGAACACAGAGAUGACGAGAGUGAGCUGGCUCCCAGGAGCCCCAUCGCCUCUGUAUCCUUUGGAGCCUGCCGGGAUUUCUUCUUUCGCCACAGAGAUUCCCGAGGGAAAGAGGCCUCCCGGCGUGUUGAUAUGGUGAAGAUUCAGUUGGCCCAUGGGAGUUUAUUGAUGAUGAACUACCCAACCAAUGUCCACUGGUAUCACAGUCUCCCUGUCAGAAAAAGGAUUCUGGCUCCACGGGUCAAUCUGACAUUUCGUAACAUUCUCCUCUCUAAAAGAUAAAUGCUUUUCUUAAUUCUCAUUAA